AUGCCAACAAGGCUGAACCCAGGUGGGAAGGACCCUGGAGUUGCCGAUGCUACAGCAGGCGGCGAAAAGCAACUGCCAAGACGAGCGAUGCCCAACGCAGAUGAGGAUGAGCUUGUCCAAGAAGAGCUGUGCAAGAACAUGGAUGCCACAACAAACAGCAAGGACACGGGGCCCAUUCUGGCCAGGCCGGUCACGGACACGAUAAGGUCUAGGAUCGUGGAGAUGAGGAAGAAUCGAGUUGCGACACGCCUGCUGCUGGCAAAGAGGAAGACCCGAGAUGUGAAGACUGCAGAGCGGACGCACUUAAUCCCAGUCUCCCGAGACCGCGGCAAAAAGGAAGAGCCUGGAGUGCUGAAGCUGCAAACUGAGAGAGGGAAGAUGAAGCCUGCACGACUCAAACCAGACAAAGAUGCUGUAAAUCCACAGCGGAAGGGUGACCGCAUUGGAAGAGGAGUGCCCGAAUGCCCGCAAUUCAGUGCCGAGAGUGCGCUGCCCUGCCUUGCGAGUUUUUGGACGAACAAGAUUGACCCAACAUUCACCAGAUCGGGAAUUAAAAAUGCCGAGCCGGGCCUUGCAAGCGCUUUCAAGAACAUGGAAGCAUCGGGAGUGCACGCAUCAAGAACAAGGAGAGAGAAGACGAGCUCUGUCCAGGACAGUCCCACCGACAGCGCCAAAGACUCUGUCUUCGCGAGGCAGUGCGUCAACAAGAGUGGUCCUAAUCGUGCAAAGCCCAAGACGGGAGUCGCAGGUCCUGGCUGGGCGGGCGAGUGCAGGAGCAUGGAAAAUCCGAUGCACACAUGGUCAGCGACAAACGGAGAGAAAACAGGGCCUGCGCAGGCAAUGCCAGAGGGCCACGAGGCAGCGGUAGGCUGCCCAUUCUGCUAUGGCUUGGAACUGGCGAUACGGAGUCCGAUCGGCCAAGAGACCGUAGCAACAGCAAUAGGCAGGGCGAAGUCGAGUGUCGACAUCUCAAUUGUUGGCAAAGAGAAGCAAAAUCCAAGCCACGACAAGCCAAGGCCCGCCGUAAGCACCAUUGAGUCGGAUCGGCUGAAGGAUCUGGCCAAGAAUGGCAGCUCCAAAUGCGCGAAGUUGGAUGCAAGUAGUGUAACUCCCAUCCGUGAGCAUCUGAUGACAGAGAGUGCAGUUCAGUCGUGCGGUGCACCUCAGUGGAAGGGAGAGUUCGGGCCCGGCGACACCCAGCGGAAGAGCAGGCCCGCACGCGCCAUCGACCGCAGAGCUGCAGUGGAUCCCGGAUGCGCGUGUUUCGACACGGGCACAGUUGAGUCGAUGCGUGCCCAAGAGCGCAGCAGUGGAGACAAACCGGUGUUGGCCAGUUCUAGGCGCACGGCAUCGACCACACUCAGCAAGGACACUGGCGACGUGGAAUCGACUUUAGCAGGAUCUGAUGCCGGCGACGCUGACUCAAGGACUGCGAGGGCAACGCAGAUCCCGGUCCUGCUCCAUAUAGCACGAGAACAGCUCAAUACCGAGAGACUGCUGGCAAGUCGUGAAGAGCCUUGCGACGACAAGAGGCCGGCCCGAUUCAGGACAGAGGGCAUCAGCCCAGAGCAAGUGUUGCCAGACACUGGAGCAGAGCUGCCACCCCGUGCUGAAGACCUUAAGAGCAAAGGCGAGUCGAGCUUUGCAAGGCGGGCACUGUGCAGAGCAAGCAAGGCGAAGCCUGGCCGUGACAUGCCUGUUGCCAACACCGCCGAGUCUGUUCAAUUCGAUUCCCGGAGCGAAGGCAAGAGUCCAGGAUUCAAGAGGCCAGAGGAGGUGCUCCUGGACGGCUGCAACCUAGAGCAGAGGGAAUGCUCCCUGUUCUUGCGAGAGUAUGCAAAGCUCUUCGCAGACGAAGCCAGAUCAAAGAAGACCUUGUUCAGAACGGACACAGAGCUCGGCCCAGAGCUGAACUUCCCAGAAGCUGGCAAGACGGAGUCGGUACAAACGAGCAUCCGUGCAGAAAGCGAAGGGCCCAAGGUCAAGAGAACAGGCGAGAAGAAGUCCAUGUCUACCGUCCGCAAGGCAGGGAAAGACAAGCUUGAGCGGGUCAAGCUUUGGCAUGAAACAGGGAAGGCUGGGUUCAACAAGUCUAGGAAAUGCUUCCCGGUCUCGACAAUCCAAAUGCCAGCAUGCCACUUCCCGGCUGGUAAGGGCUUUGCGGCAACAGCGAGGAGGGCCCUGGAUCAGCAAAGUCCAAGACAGGCGACAGAGGAGCAGUCCCGGCCGCAAGCAAUCCGAGAUAGGUCCGAGCAGACAAAGUCCAAAACGGGCAAUGGGGAGCCAGAGCAAGCCUGUGAGCAGGCCGAUAUGCGCAAGAGGUCCAGCGCAAGCGCAGAUGAGGCAAUCUUCCCGGAGCUUCGCAGCAACGAAGCUGAGCCAGAUUGGAUGCAACCCGGAGCAAACACACAAGAUGCUGGCCUUGACGAGCUCUGCAGCGACAAGAACAGUCCGAGCCAUGCAGUCUCGAUGGCGGACAAAACGAAAACCGAGCCCAAGCAAGACAUUCCGAAGGUAAGAUCCACUUUUGCAAGAUCCAUCGUUGGAGCUACUGAUUCACCGCAAGAGAAGCUCCGAAGAAACGUGAGGACCGGACCGGCAAGAACAGUCCUGGCUGAAGAAGGUCGAGGCAAAGAAGAUCCCGGCUUGGACAAGCCCGGCAUGGAAGAAGAGAAGUCAAGACAGCUGAAGCUGUGCAGCGGCGAGGACAUGCCAACCGUCGUAGAAUCCGUCGUAAAAAGCAUACUGCCUGCGCAUGAGAAGCUGUGCAAGAACGGGAGAGAGCCGGGACGCGCAGACUCGACCAGCGGCAAAGAGAAGAGAGUCAAGAAGUCCAACAAGGAAGGCAAGAAGUCGAGCACGCCAGGUCUGGAGAGGCCGAAAAUGGGCAAAAUGGAGCCCGAGCGUUGCGCAGCCCUCGAAGACAUGAAUGCACCGAGAUGGGAGAAGCUCACGACCAACAGCGAGAACACGAAUCCCGGGUGCAUAAAAUCAAGCGCAGAUGGCGGGAAGCCCAAGCAUGCGAUAGUCCUCGCGGUCGACGAGCUUUCGAGGUUUGUGCUUGCCACGACUGAAAGCAAGGAGACGCUGCCAAGCCUUGACAAUCCAAAGGCAAGUGCCAAGCUCUCAGAGCGAGAUGAGCAACGCGAAGGCGUGAAGCUUCCCAAAUGCAAGGAAUCAAGCACAAGCAGCACCAAGCCAGGUCUGACGACGCUGUGA